AUGCGCACCUCUCAAGAACUUGCAGUCGGAGCGAUUGCCGCAAUUUUAGGUCAUACCUCGGCCAUCCCUAUUGUUGUUCAUCCUGGUGGGGCCAAUGAUCUUGUUAUCACGUCGCAAGAUACUCUCGACGAGACAAUUUCUGUGAAUAAUGCUAUCAAGGCUGCUCCUCUGGCAUCUAAUGCCGCCGAGAAGCUUUCAAUCUCUGUUUACAACAAUUUUCAGAGUGAUGGUAUCAAUAUCUAUGUCACUGGACUCGGUCCCAACGGGGAUAUUGUAUGUCUGACAUCUAGUGGAAGCUGGUAUACGCCGGUAGGAAAUAGCAAUGAGACAAGUCCCCAAGAAAUCACAGAAGACAUUGCUAUUCCUCUUGGCGAUUAUGAGACAACUACUUCGUUUACUCUCCCGAGCUAUUUGUCAUCAGGUCGGAUUUGGGUCGCAAACGGCGACUUGACAUUCUAUACGGUGGUAGCUGCAACUGGUGUUCUAUCUCUUGUUGAACCAUCCGCAGUCAACCCAGAUGAUCCAAGUGCAGAUGUCAACUGGGGCUUCGUUGAGCUUACGACGGACCCUGGCGGAAUUACGGUCAAUCUGAGCUAUGUCGACUUCGUUGGUCUUCCUCUUGGUAUUGAGGUUCAGGGCAGUGAUGGUACGCAAACAGCUUUAGGCGUAACAGCAAAUGCUGUAUCAUCAAUCUGCAGCGCCUUGGCCACAAAAUCAUCCUCAAAUGGCCAACCCUGGAAUGAACUCUGCAUGACUGAUAGUAGCGGCAACUUCCUCCGCGUAGUAGCUCCUUCCGACUAUAUAAGUCUGUAUCCGGAUGCUUUCGACUCAUAUUGGACGGACUACGUCUCUCAAGUCUGGGCUCAGUACGAAAAAGUACCAUUAACAGUUGAUACUCAGGCUUCGGCUGGUCAGGUAAACUGUACUGUCUCGAGCGGUAAUUUGACUUGCGCAGGCGACAACAGAGGCUACGUACAACCAGCUGCCAGCGACAUCUUCGGUUGCAACAGCGGUCCAUUUGCAAUUGAGUCAACUGAUAAUGCUGUUCAUCAAGCUAUCGUGCCGCGUCUCUGUGCCGCUUUUGACCGAUCAACACUUUUGCUCAGUGGUGGCAAUGUACAACCCAGCCUCGAGUCGAGUUAUUAUUACACGGCAUCACCGACAAACUACUACAGCAAGAUUGUGCACCAGUAUGAGGCUGACGGGAAGGGAUACGCCUUUGCUUACGAUGAUGUUACUCCUGAUGGCGUGCUAAAUGCAUCUGGUCUUCUCUCUGAUCCUAACCCCACUGUUCUCACUAUCACUGUUGGAGGACCAACGUCUUGA